AUGGACCAAAAUCGGGAAAGCAGCGAAAAGCAGUUAUCCAUCAAGCCGCUGAAGAAGUCCAGCACGGCGAAUGAUUGCGGGAGGAAAAUUCAUUUUUUUGAACGAAUUGAAAAAUCGAUUUACGAAAAUGAGCCAGUAUCCGAUGAAGAAGUUGAAGCUGAAUGUCGUCUCUGGGCUCGCACUUUACCACACUUCAGGUAA